UCAUGUGUGCUCGUUGCCAUGCUGCUACUAAUAAUAAAUAAACGAUAAUGAUAAUGACAACGGUGGAUUAAAAAAAAUGAAAAAAGUGAGUAUGAUGACGUGGCAGUUUGACGCAUUCCUUCCUCGUGGUCUAUGUGUAAGUAAGACCACGACUAUCGACACUGAGAAAAAGAAAUUAUUUGGUGGCAAUGCAAGCUACCUCGUUUUCCUCUACGGUUUCAUGGGCUCCACUCAAACCAAAACUAUAACUAUAACCAAAUGGAUUCCUAUACAUCUACAACUACACACUCUUUGUUCUCUUUCUCUCUUCUGUUCUGCUCUGUAUUCUGAUGAACAUGAUCCUCAAUUUGUUCUUCCCUCGCUUCAACAAACCCAUUCUAUUUUUGUAGAUGUCUUUUGCUAAUUGAUGUGUGUUAUUAUGUUUGGGUUAUUUGUUUGAAUUUUCUUACUCCCUUCCCCCAAAGAAUGAGUCAGAGUCAGAGACAAAGACAAAGACAAGGUCAAAUGUUUUAGGUGUGAAUAUGGAACACAAUUUUCUAGACUCAAAAGCCGCAAAUAUUUUGAAUUUGAACCACAUUUUUGAACUAUCCAAAUUCAUUACCUUAGCAACAAUGCUUUAAUGGGUGUGAAUCAAAAUUCUAUCUUUUUCACAACCCUUUUGGCAACAUGUUAGGUGAAGAGGGAAACGAGAAACCUUCCAUUAGAAGAACCUAUUCACGUUCAGUUUCAUGGACAGAUCGUUCUCCAAAUACCCGUAAGCCACCACAUGGAAACACUAAACCAAGAUCAUCCCUUUUGCCACCUCUUCAACCUCUUUCAAUUAACAAACGUAGUGUUGAAGAAUGGCCAAGUGCUGGAUCUGAUGAUCUCGGUGUUUGGCCUCUUCCACAAACUCCAAGAGGGUCCAUCACCACCUUUGAACCCACCAAAGAUUUUCAGUUCAAAAGGGAUAAAUUGGCUUUCUUUGACAAAGAGUGUUCAAGAAUUGCUGAACAUAUUUACUUGGGGAGUGACACAGUGGCCAAAAACCAUGAACUUCUUAGACAGAAAGGAAUAACACACGUGCUUAACUGUGUUGGAUUCGUUUGUCCUGAGUAUUUCAAAAGUGAUUUUGUGUACAAAACACUUUGGUUGCAGGACAGUCCAACAGAGGAUAUUACAAGUAUUCUCUAUGAUGUUUUUGAUUACUUUGAGGAUGUUAGAGAACAAGGUGGUCGUGUACUCGUUCAUUGUUGUCAAGGGGUUUCUCGAUCAAGUUCUUUGGUGAUUGCUUAUCUCAUGUGGAGGAAGGGGCAGAGUUUUGAAGAUGCUUUUCAGUUUGUGAAGACUGCAAGAGGAGUCACAAAUCCAAACAUGGGUUUUGCUUGUCAACUCUUGCAGUGUCAGAAACGUGUACAUGCUAUGCCUGCAAGUCCUAAUUCUAUUCUAAGGAUGUAUAGAAUGGCUCCUCACUCACCUUAUGACCCUCUUCAUCUUGUUCCUAAGAUGGUUAACCAACCAGGUUCACUAGCACUUGAUUCUCGUGGCGCUUUCAUUGUUCAUGUUCCUUCUGCUAUAUAUGUAUGGAUUGGGAAAAAUUGUAACUUGGUUAUGUCGUGCAAUGCAAAAAGUGCUGCUUUUCAAGUUGUUCGUUAUGAGGGGGCAAAGGGUCUAAUUCUUAGCAUCCAUGAAGGUGAAGAAACGAAUCAGUUUUGGUUUGCUCUUUCUGAUGAGCAACGUUUCUCAGGUGAUUCUGACAAAGACAAACAACUGGUGUUGAAUUCUGAGAAGAUGGAGAUUGUUAAAAAGGGGAUUGGUCUAAAAAAAGUUGAUGCUUAUGAUUUGGAUUUUGAGAUUUUCCACAGAGCAUUUGCUGGUGGGGUUGUUCCACCUUUUUCUGUAUCUAAUGCUGGAUCAGAAACUUGUCUUCCUGCUAGAAAAGAAGAACAUGGUUGGGCAAGACUGAGGAGGAAGUUUGUUAGUGGUGUCAUGAAAGAGUUCUUAACAUCCCCCAAAUGGAAGUGUGAUGUCAUUAUGGAGGAAGAAAAACAAGAUUUUGUAGCUGAUGAUGAUCCCUUGUCAGUGUCACCAUCAUCAAAUCAUCUGAGUGACUGUGGCUCCCCGGAUUCCUUUGAAUGUUUUCCAAACAGCUUAGGCAAGGCAAAAGAUACUGUUAUCGAAGCCAUGGACUUGUCUGAAUGUGACCCUGAUGUUGUUUCUUUGAUGCCACUAUCUCCUUGUUUUCGAAGCAGCAGCUUAAAAUUCAAUUCAAAGUCACCGACACUUUCACCUUCAAGUUCUGAUUAUGCAAGUUCAAUUACAUUUUCGCCUUCUUCUACCAAUUGGUCAGACUUGUCGGUUAUGUCUUCUCGACAGCCAUCACCGUCUGGCCAAGAAUCAAUUGAACCCUUUUAUUUUAAGGAUGUGUCUUUCUCAACAAGUCCCUCUUUAUUUCACAAAGAAGUUCUCUUUUCACCUCCAGAGUCCUUUUCGACCGAUCACACCUUGGGAGAGACAGACUCCUAUUUGCCGUUGAAAGGAUCUUCUCUUUCCAUUGCAGAGCGUAGAGGGAGUAAUCUACCACCUCGGAUGUUGUUACCCUCUGUCAAUGAAUCCUCUCACGUUCACAAGAACCUGGAGGAAUGCACGUACUAACAUCCAAAAGCUGGACUAAGAAAAAGCCUCCAAAUAUUUUAUCACUAGCAUACUGAAAUCAGGAUAUGUAGCGUGUAUUACAAGUAGCAACAUGGGUAAUUUGUUCAUAUAUAUACCCCCAAAAAAAAACAUGUAAUACUAAUCUGCAGAAGAGGGACAUGCAGUAAAUAAGGCCCAAAAGUGCAUGAUUGUUUCUUAAAGUCCAUUCUGGGACCUUAAAAGAGCCAUUGUGGGACCAAGUGCACUGCAUCUCAAGGCUCUCUGUGACCAUGACUUAUUGCCUGAACUAUCUUCUUUCCCCCAGCCAUUGUCCAGCGACAGCUUGGCCUUCUUUGCUUUUAAUGCCUCGUUGAUUUCAUCCCACACGUUUACUUCCCCAUUUUCUGUAAAAAAAAAAAGAAAAAAAAAAAAAGUCCACACAUGUAAGUAUAAAGCAUGUGCAUUAAGAUGUUUUUCUUGUUUAUAUACAAUAAACCAUAUACUCCAUGAAUUGUAAAAUGUACAUAUACUCCAUGAAUUGUAAAAUAUACAUUACCUUUAGCUGGGACAUGGAUCUCCCUUUGUGGCUUCCAGCUUCCCACUGAAGUUUGAUUA